AGGCGGAGGCAGGGCUCGGUAAACCUGGCAGCUGUACCCUCGGGCAGAUGGGCCCUGGACCAGCUGUGCCUGAUAAGGCUCCGCCAGGGCGCAGGGAGGCAGGAUCAGAGGAGUGGGAGAGGGUGGUGGGGGCUAGGAGGGCUUCUGAGGCAGACACUGGCGGAGUCCUGGGCAGAAGGGAGGAGGGAAAGAGGAAGGGAGGGGGCCGAGGAGAAGCUGCCAGCCUCGAGGUGCCCCAGGAGGACGGCGGGCUGGCCUUCUGAAGGGUGCCGGGGUACCCCGGGGCGCCGAGAAGCCUUCGGGCUCCUCCCGGGCUCCGGGAUCCCCGGCCCAGCGGAGGGGUGCUCUCGGGCUCUGGGCCUAGGUGGGCAGUCCCGGAGGGAAGGGCGCCCCAUCUCCGGAGGCUGCCUGCCAACCCCUCGUCCUGGAAGCCAGUGCCCAGAAGAGAGCUGACUCAGGGCAAGCAGAAGGGCCACCACACCCUCGCUGGCAUUGGCCAUUGCGGCCCUUCCCGGGAGGUGGAGAGUGGAUGAGUGUGUGUAGACCAGCGGGGAGGGCGGAGGAGACCCGCCCGGAAUCCCACGAACUUUGGUGACGACCUCACUGAAAUGGGCCCCCUGGGUGCUGUGUACGGGACCAAAGUGGAGAACGCCUCGAUAAACUAUGAGUAUGAGGACUAUAGCCCGGGUCCUGGCCUGCCUGUAGACUGUGGGCCGGGUGGCUCCUGUGUCUCUGUGGACCCUCUCCAGGUAUCUCCUCUGUUGCUUUAUGCGGUCAUUUUCCUUGUGGGAGUGCCAGGAAAUUCGAUUGUGGCCUGGGUGACCGGGACAAUAGCACAUCGAUCGGCUCCGUCCAUCUGGUUCUUGAACCUGGCCAUAGCUGACCUGCUCUGCUGCCUGUCCCUGCCCCUGAUGGCCGUGCCAGUCAUCCUUCGAGGUGCCUGGCCCUUUGGCUUGGCCGCCUGCCGCCUCCUGCCCGCGGCCAUCCUGCUCAACAUGUAUGCCAGCGUCUUGCUCUUGGCUGGUGCCAGCAUCGGCCGAUGCCUGGCUGUGCUUCGGCCAAGGAGGGCCCAGGACCGUCUGUGGCCGGUGUGGGCAGGCUGCGGAGUCGCCUGGGCACUGGCGCUCCUGUUUACGGUCCCCUCCGUGCUGACCCGACGGCUUCACCAGGAAUACUUCCCGGAGCAAUAUGAGUGUGUCGUGGACUAUGGCGGGUCCCACGAGGUUGAGUGGGCUGUGGCUGGCAUCCGUUUUGUGGGUGGCUUUCUCGGACCGCUCGGGAUUGUGGCCAGCUGCCAUGGAGUCCUGCUGGUUCACCUGAGGGGGCAGCCGAAGCCCCAGAUCCUGCGCCUGCUGACCUUGGCCGUGGUUGGCUUCUUCCUUUGUUGGGGACCCUACCAUGUGGUGGGGCUAAUGAUAGCCGCCUCGGCCCCCCAUUCCGUGCUCCUGGCCAACGCCCUCCAGGCGGAGGCUCUGGUGAUAGGCUUGGCCUUGGCCAACAGCUGUCUCAACCCCGCACUGUUCCUGGUCUUGGGCCGGACUCGGCUCAGGAGGUCCCUUUGGGCCGCCUGCCGCCUGGCUCUGGAUGAGGAUGUCGAAGAGGAGGAAGCUGAUGUGCCCAGCAGUAAAAAGUCUACUAGUGAAGAACUGGCCUCAGAGACGGUCUAGAUUAAGGAGGGGCAGGGAUCAAAGCUCGGCUCUGCUGAGACUGACCGUGGCCGUUCCGGCGCCUCUCCCUUUUGCCAUCUAUAAAAUGAAGGUCACCAAGCGGCAGCCGCCCUUUUGAUUCAGGGUGCCAUCGUCCACCCAACGCUUGGCCAAGGACAGCGAGGAAGGGCCCAAGCGCACAAAAAUACAAAUAUUCUUACAUGUUAGUACGUCUUGUUGUAGCAAAGAACUAGUAGCGAAACUGGCCUUUAUCCAUUCUGGUUCUCAUCGAUGAGUACAAUGGACAACAACCAACCGUGCCAAUGGCGGAAUGGGAUGGCCGAACCAGUUGUGUCGGAGGAAUGAAGUUUGGGGAAUUUAUUACAUAUAAGAAAGGGAGGAACAUGGCAGGUUCGGAGAAAUGCGGAGAGUCUUUUAUGAACUGAUAGGGAGUCAGAAGAACAAUGCUCACAACAGCAGUGGGAGAGGAGAUGGCUCUGAAAGAUGGCAGAACUCUGACCAAAGCGGGGACCAAUGGCGGCUUCAAGAGACUGAUAAUGAAAUGAAUCUCACUGAGCUUCCAUGUGAGUUGGCAUCAGGCAGGGAAUAUUGCCCCUGCUCUAAUGACCGGGACCCCUUUCACCCUUUUCACCUCUCAUGUAAUAUUUUGUUCCUUGAGUAGAAGUUCCCUACAAAUGGUUAUAAAGACAGUUUGUGUGAUUGUCCUGAUAUUCGAUAUUAACUUUUCAAUAAAACAUCUCAUUUUAGAGCAUUAAA